CUCUCUCUCUCUCUCUCUUUCGUUCGUUCUUUUUUCUUCAGCCUUGCACUCUUUCGCUACUUACACGCACUCUCUCUCUAUCUCUCUCUCUCUCUCUCUGCUUUCUGCUCCUAUAUAAGUACCUAGCUUAACUAUCUCCUUCUUCCUCUCUCACUACUCGAAGCGGCCAGUGGUUGUCACAGACGGUUGCGAGGCCGAGCCGAGUCGAAGACCCUGGACGAUCCCAUAUCAAAAUUUCACACUGUCCUUGUCAGUCACCCGGCCGGCCGGCCAGGCACGUUGCUCUCAAACGAAGAAAAAAUUCCGUCCGGUUUCAGCCACACCGACGAACAUCGCCGUGGCAACCGUCCUCUUUGCGCACGACGACGACGACAACACACACCGAUGAUUGUUCCUCCAUUACGGAAGCGGUCGAGCCGCGUGCGAGAUCACGACUAUUGCACGAUUCUCGAUAUCAUUCACUCACUCACUCACUCACUCACUCACUCACUCACUCUCUCUCUUUCUCUCUUUCCCGUUUUCUAUGGUUACGUAUGGUACCCCUUUAGAUAUAACGAGAGUGGAGAAACGUGUGGACGGCUCGGUGAAAAUGAAAGAAGGAAGAGAGACGACGCUUAGACGCGCGAAAUCAUCCAGGUUUAUACCUACGGGAGGGAGGAUGGAAAGGAGCAGAAGAAGGAGGAGGAAUUCUUCGGUCGCUCGCGAAAGAGUUCAUGGGCUCGUGUCACCAGAGUACGGCUGAUCGCCGUUAUCCCACACAGCGCGCGCGCGCACACACGCUCGAGUGCGGCCAGUUGAGUUCUUUCCAGCGUGUGCCUCUCUCCCUCUCACUCUCUCUCUCUCUCUCUCUCUCUCUCUCUCUAUCUCUAUCUAUCUUUCUUUCUCUCUCUCUCUCUCUCUCUUUCUCUUUCUUUCUUUGUUUUUUCCUUUCCUUGCCACUCUUUCGCUUUCCCUCCUUUAUCCUUUGACCGAUGGCAAAGCGUAAUAUCUCUUCCCACAAGCACAACAGUCCUCCGUGCUGUGGUGAUCGCGCGAACGCGCACACGCUACCCCGAAAGGCCAGUCGGAUGCGGGCGAAACGAUCGCGGACAGGUUUGCGCUCUCCCGUCUCUCGCGCUCGACUCGGGGAGACGGAUAAGAUUUGUUACGAGGCCGACAAUGUUGCCAACUGGAGGGGCAGGGUCAGACAGAUGGCUACGCAUGCGCAUUUUAUUCGACGUCGAUCAUUGGUCAAUGUCUUCUCAGGUACCGUUAGAUUUCCAUUGGCUCACGCAACUUUUCCCACAAUUAUCGACGAGAUGAAUGAGAAUCCACCAAUCAGCGAUCACCGCGGUUUAAUUUAAUUGGACUACAUUGUAAUUUGUGUUUAACUUAUUACUCAUUAAAUGAAAUAUUGUGGGAUUAUUGAUAUCUCAAUAUCGCUAUUAUUACGAUUUGUAUUUAUUAAAAUCGUAUGAACGGCCAACUUUAUAUUUCUCUAAUGUGAUUUUCAAUUUACCGUCAUGCAUCUCAAUGUAUAUGUAUACAACCAAUAACGAUAAAUCGUUUUAUAUAGAGAACCAAUUAGAAUACUGUAUUAGAAUUUUUCUGAAAUCUUGUAUUUAUCUUGAAAUGCAAGCCGCCAAAAAUAUUUGAACGGUGAAAGUAACUUCGUGGGUGAUACAAAUAAGUGUCAUGAAAAAUAUGAAUUUAUUAUUUUUAUCGAAUAUAAACGGUCGAUCCUUUAAACAAUUAUGAGUAUUUUUUCUUAUUCGAUGCUUAUUUAUCGAACACAUGAUAUUUGUCGUUUCUUUGGAUAAUUUAUCUUCGGGAUAGCUUCUCUAAUUAAAAUUAAUUUCAAGAAAGAUUUUCUUGAUUGACUCGUUAAAUCUUUUAUACAUGAUUAAUCCAAAUUUCUGACGUCAUGGAUGAAUUAGGAAGUUCUAAUCUUCAAAUUGUACUUAGUAUUAAAGAAGGAAAAGGUUUUGAGCAGAUUUCACAACCAACGAUUCUUAUUGCAACAUUAAAUGGUCAUUCUUUAGAAUCUGAUAUUAUUGAACCAAAUUCAAAUCCACAAUACGCAACUGAUUUAGUUUGGGAAACAGACAAAACCUCUUUAAGAAAAAUGAGAUCUGGACAAACUCCUUUAAAAUUAGAAUGUUUCGCUUUAAAAGAUCAUAACAAUAAAGAAAAAAUUGGAUAUAUUCUUCUUAGUAUAAGAUCCGCACAAAUUAUACUUAAAAGUAAAGAAAUAGGUAUAAAAGUAAAUUGGCAUACUUUAUUAGGAUUGAGAAACGAUCUUAAAGCACAAAAACCUGAAUUGUUACUAUCAUUAAGCAUUGAAGAUCGAGAAUAUGUUACCUCAAAUUCUUUGACAAAGUUGGAUUAUGCACAAUCAUUUGAUUGUCCUACUUCUAAAACUAAUAUGGUAACUCCAUCUUUAAUUUACGAAGAACGACUUAUACAAUUAGGACCAUUAAAUCUCUGCAAUGAAAUAUUUCUUUUAAAUAUAAUAUCAAAUACUGUAAUAAACUUGGAUGCAUUAUUGCUAGAAAAUUCAAAUGGCGAUAUAAAAGAAAAUCUUUCAAUUUGGUAUUAUAUAUUAGAAAAUGAUGUGAAACUCAAACCUUUUAUAAAAGAUACUGAAAACACUUUGAUUCUUAAUGAAAAGAUUGUUGUAAGAAUUAGAAGUUCUUUAGAUACAUUAAGAAGUUAUUUGCUAUUAAAACCAUAUUUGAAUGUAUCUUUAAAAUAUAAAGAUAACAUUGUCAAUCAAUUCCAAAUUAAUUUGCAACCAUUAAUUAAUGAUAUUCCUGAUUUUCUUGAAUUUACCAAUGGCAAAACAACAGUCUUAAAUGAACGAUACUAUCUAAAUCAAACAAAUAUAUUUCAUCCUAUUGAUAUAGAACAUAAUCAAUCUUAUAUAGAUUUACAACUUAAACUACAGUAUGUCGGAUCAAAAGAAAAUUUAAAUAAUCAUGAAACUAAUCAAAUAUUCGCAGCUGAAAAUAAUAUGACAUUUUUACCUAUCAAUAAACAUAAUGAAGAAUAUAGAAACACCUUUGAUCAAAAAUUUACUGAAAUCGAUAUGCAUAGAAAUCCUGCAGGUGACUUUGAAAAAUAUACUUGUGAACGAAUCAUAUCUGACCAUAAAAAUUUAGCUAUGCAUCCAACAAAUUGUGAUAUGCAAGAAAAUUCUAUACCAGUAAUAUCUCAAUUACCAAAUAGCACAGAUUACUCAAAAAGUGUGGAAGCUUAUCAUUGUUAUUGUUUGGAUAUAAUAUUAGUCGCAAUCAAAUUAUCUUCAGGACCUGCAAUACAAAAUAUUGAAUUCAGAUUUCAUCAUCCAAAAGCAGAAAUUAUGUCAACGCUUCAUUCUAAAAUGUCAGUUCUUUUAGGAGAAAAAGUCAUAUUAAGAGACAUUGGUUGCAAAUUACAUUUUAUAUCUACAACAGAUGAAAUCAAACAAUUGUUAGUCUCUUUUCCUCCUAAGAUUAGUAUAUAUGGUAUGGGUGAAGAUGUUAAAACUUGUAUAGCACAGUUUUCUCUUGAUAUAAAACAAUUAUUUCAUCAUGACAAGUGGAAGUAUGAAUACGAAAUGCCUUUAUACAAUUCAGAGGAAAUUAAAGUUGGUGAAUUAAAUAUUGUAGUUAGUUUACUCGAUCAUGGUCCAUACUACAGAAUAAAACAGAAUGUCUCUGAUCAAAAUUUUGGUCCACCGAUUAUAGAUGAUAGUUUAGCAUAUAAAAUAGUUGAUGAGUUAGAGACAUGGAAAGAGCGACAAAAGGAAAUAUUUAGAGUAGAGUUAAAAAAAAAAGAAGAACGCCAUUUAAAUCUAUUGAGCGAAGAAUGGCAAAGGCAAAAGGAAAAUUUAGAGUCAAAACUAGCAUGCAGUGUCGAGCAGUGUAAAAUGUUAGCGAAUAAUCUAAAUAAGGCAACUGAUGAUUUAAGAACACGAAGAUUAAAAAAUCUUGAAAAAGAAGCUAGAUUAAUUAAGGCAAAUGAAGAUUUGCAUUGGAGAUAUGAAGCUAAAAUUCAGGAAUUAAAGGAAUCAUUACGUAUAAUGCAAGAAGAAUCAACAUCAAAAAUACGUAUUUUUGAAGAAAAAAAUGCUUCUCUUGAAGCUAGAAUUGAGCCUUUAUCUAUAGAAAAUGAGAAAUUACGACAAAUGAUAACAAAGCAAGCAGAAGAAUUAGAAGUAUAUCAAAAAGGAUCUCUUACACAAGAUCAGACAGCAACUUUGUUACAAGAAUUGAAAACUCUUGAAGAAAAAUAUAAUAAUGCACAACAUAAUAAAACAUUUUUUAAGGAAGAGUGGGGUAAAGCAGUUCGUGAAAUUCACAGAAUGAAAAGAGAACAUCAGCAAACCAUUGAAAUCCAAAUUAAAAAUAGUAAAGAGGAGUUAAAAAAUUUAGGUUUGGAAGAGAUAUUAUGUGCAGAUUCAACAGCUUUAACAAAUGAUCAAAUCUUAUUAGGGCAAAUUCAAAAAGAAAUAGAUGUAUUUAAACCUAGUUCUUUAAUGAAGGAAAAACAUCAACAGAUUCUUACACCAAUAACCGAGAUAUUUUCUAAAAAUUCUCAAACUAAUAUAAAAACUAUCUUACAUAAACCAGAAGAACACGAUGAACGAUUACAAGCUCUUAUUGAGGAACGGGAUUCUCUCUUAAAAACUGGUAGUUAUACUAACGAUGACACAGUAAUUGUAAAACUUAAUACGGAAAUUAGGAAUCUUUUGAUGAAUAGUUGAAAAUGCUUUUAAAAAAUUAUAGGGUUUGCAAUAAAUUAAAAAUAAAAAUUA